CCUCACUCAGCGGCGCCGCAGAGCAGGACGGGUGUGGGCCAUGGAGCGGUCGGCGGGCCAGGAGCUCGCCCUGGCGCCGGUGCAGGACUGGGGUGAGGAGACCGAGGACGGCGCGGUGUACAGUGUCUCCCUGCGCAGGCAGCGCAGUCAGCGCCGGAGCCCGGGGGAGGGUCCUGGGGGCAGCCAGACCCCCACUCCCGCUGCCGAUACCUUCCUCCACUACCGCACCAGCAAGGUGCGGGCGCUCAGGGCCGCUCGGCUGGAGAGGCUGGUGAGCGAGCUGGUGUCAGGAGACCGGGAGCAGGACCCGGGCUUUGUGCCUGCUUUCCUGGCCACCCACAGGGCCUUUGUGCCCACUGCCCGAGUGUUGGAAUAUCUGUUGCCACCGCCGCCGCCCCCACCCCCACCUUCCAGGGUAGAGAACAAGAAGACGGAAGGACAAGAUCUGAGCUUCAAUAAGAACUUGAGGGCUGUGGUAUCUGUGCUGGGCUCCUGGCUACGGGACCACCCUCAGGAUUUCUGUGACCCUCCUACCCACCCAGACCUGGGCAGUGUCCUACUUUUUCUGGGCUGGGCAGCCCCAGGGAGUGCUGAGGCCCAGGAAGCAGAGAAGCUUCUGGAGAAUUUCUCAGAGGAGCCUGAGGGAAAGCAACAAGAAGAGGAGCUACUGGUGACUUGGGCAGGACCUCCCAGGGCCCAGUCCCCCAGACCAGACUCUCCGGAGGGCUUCGUGGAAGAGGAGGAAGGGCCUAGGCGGGAAGGUCCCGACCUCCUGGACUUCAGUGUGGGCGAGGUGGCCGAGCAGCUGACCCUUAUGGAUGUGGAGCUCUUUUCACGGGUGCGUUCCUGCGAGUGCCUGGGCUCGGUGUGGUCGCAGCGGGACCGCCCAGGGGCCUCAGGCGUUGCCCCCACUGUGCGUGCCACUGUGGCCCAGUUCAAUGCAGUGACCGGCUGUGUGCUGGGCUCCGUACUCGGGGCACCGGGACUGGCAGCCGCGCAGAGAGCACAGCGGAUCGAGAAGUGGAUCCGCAUAGCCCAGUGCUGCCUAGAACUGCGGAACUUCUCUUCUUUGCGAGCCAUUCUGUCCGCCCUGCAGUCUAACCCCAUCUAUAGGCUCAAGCGCAGCUGGGGGGCUGUGAGCCGGGAACCGUUAUCCACUUUCAGGAAACUUUCACAGAUUUUCUCGGAUGAAAACAACCACCUCAGUAGCAGAGAGAUUCUUUCCCAGGAGGAGGCCACUGAGGGAGCCCAACAAGAGGACAACCCUCCAGGAAGCCUACCUUCGAAACUGUCCCCAGGUCCUGUUCCCUACCUUGGCACCUUUCUCACGGACCUGGUUAUGCUGGACACAGCUCUGCCGGACAUGUUGGAGGGGGAUCUGAUCAACUUUGAGAAGAGGAGGAAGGAAUGGGAGAUCCUGGCCCGCAUCCAGCAGCUGCAGAGGCGCUGUCGGAGCUACAGCCUCAGCCCCCACCCACCUGUCCUGGCUGCCCUGCGUGCCCAGCGCCAGCUCAGUGAGGAGCAGAGCUACCGAGUCUCCCGGGUCAUCGAGCCACCAGCCGCGUCCUGUCCCACUUCCCCGCGUGUCCGGAGACGCAUCAGCCUCACUAAACGUCUCAGUGCGAAGCUGUCCCGAGAGAAAAACUCGUCCCCUGGCAGCAGUCCUGGAGACCCCUCAUCGCCCACCUCCAGGUGGGCUCUGUGUCCCCCCAGUCUGUCCCCAGGGUCCCCCCCAUCCAGCCCUAGAUCUGAGGACCGUCAUCUUGGACCCCCUGCUUCUCCAGGGCCCCAGGGCCCCAGCACCAAGCUGCCCCUGGGCCCGGACCUGUCCCUGACCAGUCCUCGCAUCCCCCUCCCUGGGCAGCAGAGCUCAGAGGCCCGUGUGAUUCGCAUCAGCAUUGACAACAACCAUGGGAACCUCUAUCGGAGCAUCCUGCUUACUAGUCAGGACAAAACCCCCAGUGUCGUGCAGCGAGCCCUACAGAAGCACAAUGUGUCCCAGCCCUGGGCCCGUGACUACCAGCUCUUCCAAGUCCUUCCUGGGGACAGGGAGCUCCUGAUUCCUGACAACGCCAACGUCUUCUACGCAAUGAGUCCAGCUGCCCCUGGGGACUUUGUGCUACGGCAGAAGGAGGGGACCCGGCACACACCUUCUGCCUCCGCAAGCUGAGGUGGCCCUCUCCUCCCUCCAGGUCACAGGCCCCUUGGGCAACUUGGGACCUGGCUUCUACAGCCAUGGGGGCCGGGUACCCCUCUCCUGGAAAGCUGUGUCCCCUGGUGGGGCUCUGCAUUUUCUGGUAACCCCGCCUCAACUCCAGCCCAUCAGCCCCUGCCCCUCUGCCCUCUGAGUCCUGGACCCUCACUCCCAUGACAUUAGCACGCAGGGUGGCCACGAUGGUAACAAAAAGGCAGAGAAAACCGAGAACCCCGAGAAAGGCAUUGAGAGUUCCUGUGGAUGCCAGAGUGGACCCUGCCGCACAUGGA